AUGUUGUACUAUGUGCUUCUUCUCCCUUUAGCUCUCUUUCUCCUGGCUUACAAAUUCUUCUUCGCCUCCAAAACGCAGCGUUUCAACCUCCCUCCUUCUCCGCCUAACGCUCUCCCCAUCCUCGGCCACCACCGUCUCCUCAAACCGCCGGUGCACCGUCUUUUCCAGCGCCUCUCUAAAACACACGGCCCAAUAUUCUCCCUCCGAUUCGGCGCCCGCCGCACCGUCGUGAUCAACUCCUCCUCACUCGCAACUGAAUGCUUCACGGGCCAGAACGACAUCGUUUUAUCGAACCGGCCUCGUUUCUUAACCGCCAAGUACGUCGCUUACAACUACACGACCGUCGGCACAGCUCCUUACGGCGAUCACUGGCGUAACCUCCGCCGCAUUUGCUCCCUCGAGAUCCUCUCCUCCAACCGUCUCACCAACUUCCUCCACAUCCGCAGAGACGAGAUCCACCGCAUGCUCACGAGGCUCUCACGUGAGGUCCCCAACAAAGAGAUCGAGCUGGAGCCACUUCUCUCCGAUCUAACGUUCAACAACAUAGUAAGAAUGGUCACGGGGAAGAGAUACUACGGAGACGAAGUCCACAACGAGGGAGAAGCGAAUCAGUUCAAGAAACUCGUCGCCGAUAUCAACGACAGCAGCGGCGCGAGACAUCCCGGAGAUUACUUGCCGUUCUUGAAGAUAUUCGGAAGGAGCUUCGAGAAGAAAGUGAAAGCCGUUGGAGAAGCCAUGGAUGCGAUCUUGCAGCGAUUGCUUGAAGAGUGUAGGAGUGAUAAAGACGGUAACACUAUGGUCAAUCAUUUGCUCUCUCUCCAGCAACAAGAGCCAGAGUAUUACACUGACGUCACUAUCAAAGGCCUAAUGCUGGGGAUGAUGAUCGCCGGAACAGACACAUCGGCGGUGACGCUAGAGUGGGCGAUGUCGUGUUUGCUGAAUCACCCGGAGGCGUUGGAGAAAGCGAAGUUAGAGAUCGACGAGAAGAUCGGAGAAGAUCGUUUGAUCGACGAACCGGACAUUGCAAAUUUGCCUUACCUUCAGAACAUAGUGUCGGAGACGUACCGGCUAUACCCGGCUGCGCCGCUUCUUGUGCCGAGAUCGCCGACGGAGGAUAUCAAAGUCGGAGGGUACGACGUGCCACGUGGAACGAUGGUGAUGGUGAACGCGUGGGCUAUACACAGGGAUCCGGAUCUCUGGAGCGAACCGGAGAAGUUUAAACCGGAGAGGUUUGACGACGGAGGAGAAGACGUUCAUAAGCUGAUGCCGUUUGGGAAUGGACGGAGAUCGUGUCCCGGCGCCGGUUUAGGGCAGAGGAUCGUGACGUUGGCGUUGGGGUCGUUGAUUCAGUGCUUCGAUUGGGAGAAGGUCAACGGCGAUGAGAUAGAUAUGACGGAGACUCCGGGGAUGGCGAUGCGUAAGAAAGUGCCUUUACGGGCCUUGUGUCGCUCUCGGCCCAUUAUGAAUACACUUAAGGCCCAUUUUGGGGCUUAG